GGCGGGGCCGACGCGCGCCAGCCAUGCCCGUGCGGAAGCGAGACACGGAGCGCGCGCUGCGGCUGCUGCAGGAGUACCGCGCGCAGCUCAGCCCCGCACACGACCGCCCGCUGCGGGGCUCCCUCGAGCGCGUCAUCGGCAUCUUCCAGAGCAGCCUCUUCCACGCGCUCCUCGAUAUUCAAGAAUUUUAUGAAGUGACCUUACUGGAUAACCCAAAAUGUAUUGAUCAUUCACAGCAGUCUGAACCAGUCCGGCCUGUGAAUACAUGGGAAUUUUCCAGCCUUCCAAGUACUACUGUGACAACAGACACACCACCCAGCAGCCUUAGCCCAAGUAUAGAGAAAUAUAGAUAUCAAGAUGGAGAUACUCCUCCACAAGAACACAGUUCUCCAAACAUCACCAGUGAGGUGACAGGUCCGGAACUGGUUCAUGUCUCAGAGAAAAAUCUUUCAGAGAUAGAAAAUGUGCACGGAUUUGUUGCCCACUCUCAUAUUUCACCAAUCAAGCCAACAGAAGCUGCGCCUCCCUCUCCUCCCAUUGUCCCCGUGGUCCCUGUCCUGCCGGUCUCUGCUGAGAAUACUGUCAUCCUGGCCACGGCACCACAGGCAAAUCCUCCUCCAGUGCUGGUCAACACAGAUAACUUGGAGACUUCACCAUAUGUCAAUGGUACAGAUGCAGAUUAUGAAUAUGAAGAAAUCACACUGGAACGGGGCAAUUCAGGGCUUGGUUUUAGCAUUGCAGGGGGCACAGAUAACCCACAUAUUGGAGACGACGCCAGUAUUUUCAUUACAAAAAUCAUUGCCGGGGGAGCAGCAGCACAGGAUGGAAGACUGCGGGUUAAUGACUGCAUUUUGCGAGUAAAUGAAGUGGAUGUCCGAGAUGUGACACACAGCAAAGCCGUAGAAGCCUUGAAGGAAGCCGGCUCCAUUGUGCGUCUGUAUGUGAAAAGACGGAAGCCGGUGACGGAGAAAACGGUGGAGAUCAAACUGGUGAAAGGCCCCAAAGCAGGUCUUGGGUUCAGUAUAGCUGGCGGAGUUGGGAAUCAGCAUAUUCCUGGGGAUAACAGCAUCUAUGUCACCAAAAUUAUUGAAGGGGGAGCAGCCCAUAAAGAUGGCAAACUACAGAUUGGAGACAAACUUUUAGCGGUGAAUAGUGUAUGCUUAGAAGAAGUGACUCAUGAAGAAGCCGUGACAGCCUUAAAGAACACAUCUGACUUUGUUUACCUGAGAGUCGCAAAGCCCACCAGUAUGUACAUGAACGAUGGCUGUGUUCCUCCUGAUGUCACCAACUCUUAUUCUCAACCUGUGGACAAUCACAUUAGUCCACCUACUUAUUUGGGCCAAACACCAGCAUCGCCAGCCAGAUACUCCCCAGUUCCCAAAGGGGUGCCUGGAGAUGAUGAAAUUACAAGGGAACCAAGGAAAGUUGUUCUUCACCGUGGCUCAACAGGCCUUGGUUUCAACAUUGUAGGAGGGGAAGAUGGAGAAGGAAUAUUUAUCUCCUUUAUUCUUGCUGGAGGGCCUGCUGAUCUGAGUGGAGAGCUCCGCAAAGGGGACCGAAUCAUAUCGGUAAAUAGUGUUGAUCUCAGAGCGGCCACGCAUGAACAGGCGGCAGCGACUCUGAAAAAUGCUGGCCAGGCUGUCACAAUUGUGGCCCAGUAUCGACCUGAAGAGUAUAGUCGUUUUGAAGCAAAGAUCCAUGACUUACGGGAGCAGAUGAUGAACUGCAGCCUCAGCUCUGGGUCAGGGUCCCUGAGAACCAGCCAGAAGCGAUCCCUCUACGUCAGAGCCCUUUUUGAUUAUGACAAGACUAAAGACAGUGGCCUUCCAAGUCAAGGAUUGAAUUUCAAGUUUGGAGAUAUCCUUCAUGUUAUCAACGCUUCUGAUGACGAAUGGUGGCAAGCCAGGCAAGUGACGCCGGAUGGGGAGAGUGAUGAAGUCGGCGUGAUUCCCAGUAAACGAAGAGUUGAGAAGAAAGAACGAGCCCGGUUAAAAACAGUGAAAUUCAAUUCUAAAACAAGAGGAGAUAAAGGGCAGUCACUCAAUGGCAAGCGUAAAAAGAACCUCUUUCCCCGAAAGUUCCCCUUCUACAAGAGCAAGGACCAGAGUGAGCAGGAAACCAGUGACGUUGACCAGCAUGUGACUUCUAAUGCCAGCGAUAGUGAAAGUAGUUACCGUGGUCAAGAAGAAUAUGUCCUGUCCUAUGAGCCAGUGAAUCAGCAAGAAGUGAGUUACACUCGACCUGUGAUCGUCUUGGGACCCAUGAAAGACAGGAUCAACGAUGAUCUGAUCUCCGAAUUCCCGGACAAGUUCGGAUCCUGUGUCCCACACACAACCAGACCAAAGCGAGACUAUGAGGUGGACGGCAGAGAUUAUCACUUUGUGACCUCGAGGGAACAGAUGGAAAAAGACAUCCAGGACCACAAGUUCAUCGAGGCCGGGCAGUACAAUGGCCACCUCUACGGAACCAGCGUGCAGUCUGUGCGCGAGGUCGCUGAAAAGGGCAAACAUUGCAUCCUUGACGUCUCAGGAAAUGCCAUCAAGAGGCUGCAGAUUGCACAGCUCUAUCCCAUCUCUGUUUUUAUUAAACCCAAGUCCGUGGAAAAUAUCAUGGAAAUGAAUAAACGUCUGACAGAGGAGCAGGCCAGGAAGACGUUUGAGAGAGCCAUGAAACUGGAACAGGAGUUUACAGAGCAUUUCACAGCCAUCGUGCAGGGGGACACACUGGAAGACAUUUACAACCAGGUGAAGCAGAUCAUCGAAGAGCAGGCAGGUCCUUCCAUCUGGGUCCCGGCAAAGGAGAAGCUGUGAGGACGAGCUCGUGCCUCUCCUGCCCCUGCCCUGCCCUGCCCUGCCCUGCCCUGCCGGUCCUCCUCUUUUCUGAAGCAUCUUGUCACCCUUUAUGUUUGCUCCUUUGUAUUCUCGCGUGUCACUGUUGGUCUGCUGCCAUUUUUCAGAACUGAAGAUGGAAUGGCCCAACCAGCUAUUGAGGGUUUUGGGGGGAUGGGGAAAUUGUGGUAAAUUCCUUAAUGUUUAAGGGAAAGUAACUUUCAGAGAUUUUCAGAAAAGCUUUCUAUACAGUCUUUUAAAAUUUCAUAACAAGUGAAAGAAAAAUGGUCUUAAUCAAUGAUUUAAUAAAUUGUGAGCAACUUUGCACGCCCACUGUAAUAGCAUGGUUUGGCCAAUGCCGCUUUCGAGGCUUUUUUCUUCCAAAUUUGACUCGUUAUCAGAGCAAAGGGUUUUGUUUGUUUUACGGGCAGUUCAGGAAAAUCUCUGCUUCGGUUUGUUCUCUUUUUAAUUUCAGAUUAACGUCUGCAUUAACUUUCCUAGUUUCACAAGGGAUAUUCGUUUUCUCAAGGGUUACUUUGCUUUUAGAGUUUUUUUCUCUUUUUUUUUCCUUUUUUUCUUUUCUUUUUUUCCUGAUACAAUUGCUAGGAAUAGCGACGUUCAAUGUUUUUAAUCCUGCUCGUACAGCACUAUUUACAGUGUCUUACACCUGUUGCUAGGGAUCCUCCCGUUUUCUGAAUCGAGACCACGUUUAGGUGCUAGGAAAGCCUGCCCUUUACACAGAGGGCUGACGGUUCACGGGCGUCAAUGCUGACAAAAAUGAGCCGACUGGACUGUCGUGUCAUGGCCAUCCAUAGGGCUGUGGCCAAGGAACCCGGUUCAGAAAAUGACAUGUAUUCUUUGGGGUCAGAUUUUAACGAGUAUUUUACCCAUGAUAACUGCCUAUUUUGUUAUAAUAAUAAAAUAUAUAUAUUAAACUUUCUUUAACUAAAACUCUGUAACUAUGGGAACUAUUUUCUUUACAUAGUUGCGCACACACACACACAUAUAUAUAUAUAUAUAUAUAUUUAAAAAUAUAUAUUUUUCUUUUACCACCUAUUCCUAACUUUUUGUUUGGUUUUGAAAAUAAAUAUUAAUUAGAAUCGAUCUUCCUUAAUCAUGUGAAAUGCAAACUAUGUCUGGUUGUUGGGGAAAAUCUUUAGAGGGAAAUGAAUUGCCAGAAAAUGGUAUGAACAUGUUCUCCUCUUUUCUACAAAAAGUUCCAGUUGUUUGUUUUCUGCUUGCCCCAACCCUCCCUUUUCUCGGAGGGAGAAGUCACAACAGAACUGCAGGUUGGUGUGCUUUCAGCUUGGACCACAGCUGGGAACAGAGCUGGGCCCUGGCGCUGCACCAUUCAUAUUAAAAUUGUUUGGUAGCUGCCCAUCGCUUAUUUGAAGUUGAUUGUUUAUUAAAUAUAUGUUUUCCAGCAACUUCCUCCUUGUUUUUUCUCAGCCAGAUGAGAGCUGGUUUAUAAAGAUGAUCCAUGUCCAUUCCAUAUGUCAGAAAGGGGAGAACAGCUAAUAAACUUUAUUAUACAACCUA